CUGGUACCUCCAUUAUGCAAUGCCAUAUCCGUAACUUCAGAAAGACUGAAAGAGAUAAAUAUAUUGUCGAUAACAUCACUAAAAACGGUGAUAAAAAAAUGUUGGCCACGUAUCCCUUAUUACAACGGUAUUAUUAUGAAAGCUAUCGCUCGAUGCUGGCUAUACUAUUAUUCCAAAAAUGAUGAUGAAAUGAGUAGUCUAAUUAAAGAACUGUAUGUGUUGUUUGAAGCUGCUUGUGAUGGAAAGGAAAGGGCCGAUAAAGAAGCAUUGAUAGCUUUUCGAGGAGAUAUAUUCAACCCUCUUUUCGUUUAA